AUUCAUGAUCUUCUGCUGCGGAAUGAAUUCAAACACUCUCACUGAUAUAUUUCACUAGUGCCGCCUUUAAAUAUUAAACAGCAGGUGAAACUUAGUUAUAUCUCAGUGACGGGACCUGGAGGAAUAACGCACGGCGGAAUAGUUCGGGAAUAUCACAUUUCAGCUGUAGCGACAUAUAUCGGGCUGGAACCGAUGCGGGAGAUUUGACUGUUUCUGCAACUAGAGACGCAACAUAAACGCCGUAGAUCCUAUCUAAAGUCACUGAAAUGGGGGAGCAGCCGAUCUUCACAACUCGAGCUCAUGUGUUCCAGAUUGAUCCGAGCACUAAGAAGAACUGGGUUCCUGCCAGUAAACAGGCCGUGACGGUGUCAUACUUCUAUGACAGCACACGCAACAGUUACCGCAUCAUCAGCGUGGAUGGGUCAAAGGUCAUUAUCAACAGCACGAUUACUCCCAACAUGAACUUCACUAAAACUUCACAGAAGUUCGGUCAGUGGGCCGAUAGUCGAGCGAACACAGUGUUUGGCCUCGGCUUCGCCUCUGAACAACAGCUGUCUAAGUUUGCUGAGAAGUUUCAGGAGGUGAAAGAAGCAGCGAAACUGGCCAGAGAGAAAUCGCAGGAGAACAUGGAAACGUCCAGCGAACAUUCACAGGAAUCUGGCCGUGAAACUCCAUCAGCCAAUCAGGCAUCCAGCAUCAACGGAACAGACGAUGAGAAAAUUUCCUAUGGCCCAGAGAACGAGGUGCUAAAGAGCGAAAACGACCGACUCAAAUCUGUCAUAGAGCAGAGUAAGAAGUGGGAGACGGAGCUGCAGGCACUGAAGGAAAGUAAUGCGCGGCUGGCUGACGCGCUGCAGGAAGCAAACAGCAACGCUGAGAGCUGGAAGAGUGAAGUGACAAAAUGUCAAGUGGAGAACAAUCAACUGAGGAACAAGAUCUCAGAGUUGGAGUUGCAGUGUAAAGAAGUGAAUGUGGAAAGAGAGAGAAACGCACAACUGAGCAUCAGAAUUCAAGAGCUGGAGGCCGAUUUACAAGAUAAACAACUGGAGCUUGAGGAUCUUCGCAAACAGGCAGAAAUCAUCCCGCAGCUGAUGGCAGAAUGUGAAAGUAUCACAGCUAAACUAAAGGCAGCAGAACUGACCAACAGAAAUCUGAAUGAGCAGAUGAAGCAGCUACACGGUGAAAUAAACGAUAGCGAGCAAAAACAGAAGAACAUGAAGACAGAACUCAAGAAGUUCAUGGAUGUUCUUGACGGAAAGAUCGAUGAGCUACAUGAAGUUCGGCAGGGGAUUUCAAAACUAGGCAUCGACAACUGAACACAAACACCAUAACGCAUAUGCACACUCAUACAUGCUCUGUUCUCUCUGUGUAACUGGUUGUUUCUCAUGUGUGUGUGAUCUGCUGGUUAAAGGGCUACUGAUGGUCAACAGUUACACUGAGAGAAGAGAGUUACACACACACACACACACACACACAUAUAUAUGGACUGAAGGGUGAAUUUUGCCGCUGCAGAUCUCAGGGCUUCAUGUGGUUUGGAGUAGUUUGAUAUGCACGCACACACACACACAUGAACUGCAGAAUCACAAAGUGCCUAAAGGUGGCGCUUUCAGCGGAGCUCCACGAGCCCUUGAUAAUCGGUCACAGCGGAGUUGCUGAUGUCGAUCUGUUUAACGUGAAGCUAUGCUGCGACCGGCCACUCGAACUCUCAUGCAAUACUCGCCGCAGGAUGCAAUUUUCUUGUUCCGCUGUCUUCUGUUUUUUGAAAAUAAUUUUCAUUGUUGCUUAAAUAUUUUUAAUUCUGAUCAAUGAAAAUAGGAGCCAAAUAUCUGCUUUGAUGAAGGAAUUUUGCUUGUACGGUGCAGAUUUACUCAUUUUGUUCUGCUGUGUAUGUGAUGUGCUCCCCUCCCACUGUUCCUGUGUGUGUGUGUGUUGUCAGUUGGGUGAUGGGAUAAUUUAUGUGGCUUUUUUUUAGAAUAAUCUCAGCCUUCGAGUCAGAAGCGGAGUGCGUGAGCUUCCAAACUCUUCCUCUCCAGAUUUUUUUUUUCCUUUAAUAUACCUGCCACGAUGUUCAAAAGAAGAUUUAUAGGCAUUUAACAUGGGUGAGUGUGUAUUUGUGUUAACUCACCUGGGGGCUUACUGAAAACUUUUAAAGACACUGCACACUUUUCCCCCCCUUCCUGUUUUGUUGAUCAAAAUUGUAAAAUGAAUAAUUGUUGAAAUAUAGUUUAUGAAGGAAACUGUUGUGCUGUCUUCUAUCGAGUUUGUUAUUUGUAAUAUGUGCAUUUGAUAUUACUGCCUGUGAAGCGGUGGGUGUCUCUCUCUCGCCCUCUGAUUGGUGAGAGGAUGUUGCCUCGGCAACCUGCAUCCCACACAUUGCUGCUAUUGAUUGUGUCGGUAUCAUGUGAAUAUUGUUUCGCUGCAUUUGUGUCGUUGUUUUAUCAUCAUCAGUGGAUUGUCAUGAUGUCACUAUCCAUGCAAAGCUCGUUUCCAUAGCAACAUGGUUGCAGAGUUCUGUAAAGCUCAGGAUCUUUGUUGCACCUUUGAUUCAGCCUUUAUAAUUCACACUCGCUGGGAUUCUCUUUGACUGGUGAAAGCAAGAACAGUAGAAACCUGCACUAGAACUCCCACAACUGAAGAAAUCUCUGGAAAUGAUUUCCUUAUUGUCCUGUUCUGCUUCCAUCCCUUACAAACAAACAUUAAAAGUUCUUAAAAGCUGUACUAUGAACCAUUUAAAUGAACACACAUCCUGGGUGUUUUAGAUGAUUGUAGACUUUCCUCACGAAACAAAUGUCACAAACUUUGAUAUUCACUAGCCACAGAAACACAAUCUAAUCCUGAUUAGGCACUUCAGUGUUUUAAUCAAACUUUUUUUUGGUUUUUUACAAUAAAGAGCUUAAGGAAUGAGACUUUCAGAGAAAUAAAAUUUAACUUGCAGUAAUGCUUCAACAGUUUAAAAUGUUCAGUGCAAUUUUUUUCUAUUAUACAGCACAGUUAAUAACUUUAUAUAGCCUAAUCUUAUGGCACAUUUCAGUGCCAAAACCCAAAGCAACUUCCUUUAAAUAUGACUGAUAAAUCACCUACAAUCAGAAACCCAACCUGUAAAACACAGUGCAGGAAAUAGCAUUUAUAUACUGUUUGGGUGGUAUGAGCUUUUCUUGGCAAUUUACAACAUUCCCUUCAUACCCUGAGUGACUACACCAGGAACUGAAGAUGACAAAACCUGCAGCCUUUGGCUUAACUGUUAUUUUUUUAGCAGCAGCACUCAGAUCAGAUGAUUAAGGCUGUCGUGUGUGUUUAACUGUCCCAGUCUCCAGAUGGCAUGUCUGAGCCCUCUUCAUCAUCAGAGUCAUUUGAGAUCUU